GCAAGAGGAAGAGGUCAUAGUGUACUUCAGAAGGCAGCACCGGCCAAGCCGCAGCAGAUUCUACAUCGCCUGUAUGUCAAGAGAGUCUGGCUGCGGCGGGGUGGUGCGGUUGUCGAUGCCUACCGCAUAGGCGCCUGUCACACGGCUCGCUAGAUUGCAGAGAAUGUUUGCGGACAUGUUGUCGAAGGUCUGAGAGGGAGUGAGAGACUGGAGUGGGUCUGUUGCGCCAAUGUAGCGGGCCACAGCUUUAGCCGGGUGUGCGAAGUGCCAUGCAUGUGCCAUCGCGUCGUCGUAUCGUCGUCCACCGAAACGGCCGGAACAGUGACGACUCGCUCGUCGCUCAGCGUCGCCAUGGAGCAUCCACCGCUCAGCUCCGACUGGGAGCUGCUGGGCGAAGCCUACUAUCGCAGAUCAGAGGUGUAUAGCCUGCAAUGGCCCAUCAAAGAUCUCUCCGACUACAUUGUUGCUGGAGCUGCUGCUGGUGGUCCGAUAGCCAUCAUGCGAGAUGAGAGCAAGCCCAUGCUGCUCGGCAAACAUGCGACUGGCAAGCCCAAGAUCUCUAUCUAUAGCUCAUCUGGCGGCUCGAUAGAGACUAUCAUCUGGGAACAUACAAGCAAGCCAAUCAAGUUUGGCUUCAACAGAGCAGAGGAUCUCGUCGUCAUCACCCAAGAGGGACAGUACCGCGUCUACCCCCUGACUUCAUCGUCUGCCAGCAGCUCGCUCGGCUAUGCGUCCUACUCGCUUGGAGCAGAAGCAUCAGAGACGGGCGUGCUUGAUGCACGCAUUGCCGAGGACGCUUGCGUCGUACUGCUCGGUAGUCUCAACUUUAUCGAAGUCAAAGACGAGUCUGGUCGCAGCGCGUCGUCAACGAGCGAGGGUAGCCCAAUAUCAGUCUCACGACUUGCAGAAUCAGGCCUGUCGGAAGGACCGCAAGCCUGGACGACUAUCCCAGCAGACGUCAGUCCAAGACGCCAACUCGAGGUCGUCUUUGCUACGACAGCAGGCGUCAAGAUCUUGGAUAGCUUAGACUGUCAAGAUCAGUCUAUGAGGCUAGGCUCUGUACAGGCGAUGGCAGCCUCGCCAAACGGCAGCUUCAUCGCGCUGGUGGCUUCAUCGCCAGACUUGCCCGGCCGGAUCGUGCUCUCGGUACUCUCAUCCGACUUCUCGCGCAGCUUGUCAGAGUGCGAUCUGGCCACGCAAGGCGUAGCAGGCGAGCCAGAUCAGGUAGCUUGGUGCGGCAGCAACAGCGUUCUGCUCGCAUACGGGGAGCUAGUGAUCAUGGUUGGUCCGUUUGGGGAAUCACUCAAGUUCUCGUUUGAUAGAUCGCCAGUUCUGAUCAGCGAACUUGACGGCACGCGCGUCAUAUCGGCCACGACCUGCGACUUCAUCAGCAAAAUCUCAGACACGACUCUUCAGACCUUUCGACCCGGCUCAGCUGCGCCGUCUGCAAUCUUGGUAGAUGCCUCCGAGCAAUUCGAGAGGAAGAGCCCGCGCUCAGACGAGAUUAUCCGUUCGAUACGAUCAGAUCUGACUAGCGCAGUCGACACUUGUAUCGAUGCUGCCGGUCGGGAGCUCGAUGUCUACUGGCAACGUAAGCUACUCCGCGCUGCGUCUUAUGGCAAGACAUAUCUCGAUCUGUACGAUUCGAGCGAUUUCGUCGAUAUGGCUCAGCACCUUCGCGUGCUCAAUGCCGUGCGAUAUUACGAAAUCGGUAUACCCAUCACUUAUGAACAGUUCAAGCGAAGCGACCCCGCACAUCUCGUCGCUCGUCUCACCGCACGCUCACAUCAUCUACUCGCCAUGCGCAUCGCCACAUUCUUGUCUCUAUCAACAGCACCCGUGCUACAACACUGGGCGUCUUCAAAAGUUGCAGCAGCAAAAGGCCGAAACGAAGACGACGAAGUCACUGGUCUCAUCGUCGAUCGUCUGAAAGGGCAAAGCGAGCUGAGUUGUGCCGACGUUGCUCUUACGGCCUGGAAGUCUGGUCAGACGAAGCUAGCAGCCAAAUUACUCGAGCACGAAGUCCGAGCAUCGAAACAGGUGCCCCUGCUAAUGAGUAUGAGAGAAGAUGACCUCGCACUCGUCAAGGCCAUCGCAAGUGGUGACACCGACCUAGUCUUCGUAGUCUUUGCGCAUCUCAAGAAAGCACACUCGCUUGGACAGUUCUUCCGAAUCAUCGAGAAGAAGCCCGCUGCUGCUGCUCUGCUCCGAGCAUGGUGCAAGGACGAAGAUAUUGAGCUGCUGCGAGACUAUUACUAUCAAGACGAUCGUCGCGUUGACGCGGCUUGCCUUGCGUUGCACGAAUCAACUCGCAUUACCGAUUUUGCAGAAAAGAUGGCAAAGGUCAGAAGCGGUUCCAAGUCGUUUGCGGAAGACAAGGAGCGCUCGUUCGAGACGAGGAUGACGGAAGAUUACUUGCGAUUGCUGGCAUAUCAACAAGCGCUGGAAAAGGAAGCCGAUGACAGAAAGACGUUUCAGGGGCUCAGCAUAGAUGGCACCAUUCGAGCCUGCAUACUGUGUAGCUGGCCAAAGAAAGCUGACAAGAUCAAGUCAGAAUUUGAAGUGCCUGAUAUCAGGUUCUGGUUUAUCAAGAUCAAGGCUUUGAUCGAAGCGAGAGACUGGGACAGCCUCGAAGCCUUCUCUCGCAGUAAGCGCAGCCCGAUUGGCUACGAGCCCUUUGUCGAGCUCCUCGUCGCGAGCGGUCACAAACGUCAGGCAGUCACUUUCGUCCAAAGAUGCGAGAUGAGGAAUCGGAUCGAACUCUACGUGCGCUGCGACGAGUGGUUACGGGCAGGACAAGAAUGCAAGGACAGAUCGGAUCGUGGCCGACUCAUGGAUCUGAGGCAAAGGGCGCCCAAUGCUACGAUUGCGGCUCAGCUGGAGAAGAUGCUAGAUGAACUCAACAGCUGAUACAAUGAUACAUGCACACCCCCCAUUAUCGUCUGCUUACUUCUUACUCCGCGUGUACGCUGGGAAAACAAGGGUCAGAGAACAGGCGCUCUUAAUUGCGCGUAGCCUACGAUUGUAAUGUAGCAACCUGCAGCCGGAUGCAUGCUUUAGACAGUCUGUAUGUC